AUGGACAACAUACAGCCACCACCACCCUUCCGCGUAUUUGGUGAUGACGAGCUGUCAUCCUCAAGUGAGGAGCGGAACUAUUCGUCGAGCCUAACAAGCAGCUUAAGCGACUCAUCCUCAUCCAGCCAUGACACAGAUGACGAAGACGAGGAGAGAUUCUAUUCGUUUGGCAAUGAGUACGAUAUCAUUACCAGACCCAACUUGGACCGUUUUGUACAGGAGUGUGACGAGAAUGCGGUGCUGGAUGAUCAAGCCGCCGAUCUAAUUAUGAAACUGGCCGAUGCCUUUGUCGAGGAUGUCUCAAUGCGCGUUGUCAAGCUGGCAAAGUACCGGAAUGACGAGCUGUCCGCUCUGGAUGUUAAAUUCAUAUUAAAACGAGAGUACAAUAUCGAGUUUCCCCAUAAUCCUAAUGAGGGCAAAGAAUUCAAAAAGUAAUAAAAAAUAGUUUGUCAGGAAAAAUGUUAA